GCGGAAGCAGGGCAGGCUGGGAAGGCCCGGCCGGUCGUCCCGCUGAGGCCGCGCGUUCCCCCGGCAGGCCCGGCCGGCCCUGCCCGCCCUCCCCGCCGCCGCCAUGGCGAUGCAAGCGGCCAAACGCGCCAACAUCCGGCUGCCGCCAGAAGUCAACCGCAUCCUCUACAUUAGGAACCUGCCCUACAAAAUCACCGCGGAGGAGAUGUACGAUAUUUUCGGGAAGUACGGGCCCAUUCGGCAGAUCAGAGUUGGGAACACUCCUGAAACAAGAGGAACUGCCUAUGUGGUCUACGAGGACAUCUUCGAUGCCAAGAACGCUUGUGAUCACCUGUCGGGCUUCAACGUGUGCAACAGAUACCUUGUUGUUCUGUACUACAAUGCAAACAGGGCAUUCCAAAAGAUGGACACAAAGAAGAAAGAGGAGCAGCUUAAGCUUCUCAAGGAAAAAUACGGAAUUAAUACAGACCCACCAAAAUAAACUGAUCAUUUUGGAAACCUGUUUUCAUGCCCUGGCAUUGAGUUCUUCAACUCAACAUAGGAACUUUCAGUGAAGUAUAACUUUCUUUUUCAUUUUAUUUUAUAAACUGUAAUUUGACUCUCUAGAUCUUCACAGUAGAAUUAAAUAAAUAUAAAACAUCAGAAGAUUGGGCUUUAAGAUUAAAUCCACUGAAGUGGACAUGGCUUUUCCAUGUUGUAAGGCUGGCCUGGCAAGUGCUGUAUAACCACAGUCCUGUUUCUAGCAGGACCUUUCAAGAUGGGACCAAGCAGGUUGAGUGUUUCACACCUCCUGAAGUUCUGCCCUGUCUCCAGGGCAGAUGUUAAGGAUGUGAACCCAAAGAGCAUCAAGGGCUCUGCGUGAGCUGCCUGCAAGGAGGUAAAUUUCACUUGCUACUUUCUGAAAAUGGAGUGGGGCAACUAGUUUCCCUGCCUCAAGGAUCUUUCUGCUUUUUUAAAAAAGAAAUAAGUAUGUUUUGAUAGUUCAUCCCACCUGCAUAUAUUGUGCACAGUUUGGUUGUGCCUUUCUCCCUCUGGGAGUGUUUGAAGGAGCCUGACUCCAUUAUGUGAUCGAUUCCUGGAAACAAAGCAAGCCCAAAUUGUGUUUGUAACCAAGUUUCUUUUACAAACUAUAGAAAAUAAACAGCCUUUUAAAAUGGUCCCAACUGCUUUAGGUGAAUUCAGUCAAAAUAUCUUGUCCCCAGUGAUGGAGAUGAAGCAGAUAAGCUGCAGUGAAAUCAUCCCGCUCUGAUAGUGUGUUGCUGUGGGGCUGAGGGAUGAGAUCUUCAUGACAUGCACCAGGUUUGCACUGACCUUGGUGGGAGCAACAGGAACAUUCUACACACCUUUCCAUGGGAAGCAGAGAACACUCAACCAAACCACAGUAGAUGAUGGUGGUUCAGCCUCAGACACCUGUAGCGUGAUUGUUUUCUACUCUGUGCUUGAACUGUAAUAUAUUCCAUGUACAUACAUUUUUAAAUGUAGCAUCUGGUGGAGAAAAACCAAUUGAAAUUUUUUGGCUCUUUUUUUUUUUCCCCAGCACUCAUGUCCUAUGAAUUAAAGUAAGUGUGAUACAGAGGAUGCAUAACCAGUAUGUUUUGGAAGUGGGAAAGAAUAACCUCUGCCUCUGUUCUGAACCAGCUGGAAGUCCUGUGAGCAUUGGUCCUCCUCUUGGGGGGAUUUAUUUGCUUGGAUUUGAUGUUUUAAGUCCCUGACCACCUUCCAGCCAGUGCAGAACAUGGGCAGAUGCAAACAUACUUUGCCUGAGCAUUUGUAAUUUAAGUUAAAUUUGGUUUAUUGCAUUAUACUGUCCUAAAGAAAUGCUUCCAUUUUCUUAUCCUUAGAUUCUUGGUGAAACCUGUCACAUAAGAACCACAUUGUUCCUGUGCCCAUUUAGUAAAAAAAUAAACGUCUACACAGUU